UAAAAACAUCAUCAAAAUUUCCCUAAGCUGAAAUAUUCUAUCAAAGUUAUCUCUCCAGAACAACAACCUACAUAACAGUCAAGGGUGUUGCUCUACAGAGGUUGCACUGUACUGUUGAAAAACGGCGUUAAACCCAAACCAGAAAGUAACAAAUUUCCCUACAUUUUAUCAAAAUUACGUCCUGAUAAGCUCGCUGUGACGAAUGUCACAAGUCUUUAGCUAUUCUAUAUCGUUUGUGUCGGAAUGUCACAAGAGCGUUUUCCAUAUCAUCAAUGUCGGCUUCAUGUGUAGACACCUUGUGAACGCAAGCUCAUAUCUCAGUUAUUAUUAGUUUGACUAUUCAAAGAAUAGUCUAGCUAUUCUACUCACCCUGGCAUCGGCGUCACACCUUGGUUAAAGUUUUGCAUGUAAGUACAUAUGGCUAUCAUUUAAAGGCAUAUACCUUUGAAUUUUAUUUUUCUUAUUCUAGGUCAAUAACCAACUUCACUGGGUCAAAUCCUAUAACUCUGACAUGUAUUUUGGGCAAAUUAUACCCCCCUUUGGACUAAGAAAAUAUUCUGGUUAAAGUUUUACAUGCCAGUUACUAUCUCCAAAACUAAUGCAGAUUUUGAAUUGAAACUUCACAUGUGUCUCCGGGCUAUGAAAUUUGGUGAUAGCACAUAACUCUGACUUGCAUUUUGGCCAAAUUAUGACCCCUUUUGGAAUAAGAAAAUUCUGGUUAAAGUUUACAUGCAAGUUACUAUCUCCAAAUCUAAUGCAGAUAUUAAAUUUAAACUAAACAUGUGUCUUCGGGGUUAUAAACUUAGGUGAUUGCACCAGGUCCCAUAACUCUGACAUGUAUUUGGGCAAAUUAUGCCCCCUUUUUGACUUAGAAAACUCCUGGUUAAAGUUUUGCAUGCAAGUUACUAUUUCCAAAUCUAAUGCAUAUACUGGAUUGAAACUCUGUAGAUAUUUUAACAUUAGUGUAACAUUCCUGCUUCUGGGACAACAAAUUGAAUAGUCGAGCACUGGCUGUCUUAUGGACAGCUGUUGUAUGAUGUUACACCUGCAGGGCUCGCGCUGGCAUUCGCCAAUUGAGCCAUUGGCUCAAGAAAACGAAAAUUGGCUCAAGAAAAUUCCGAUUGGCGAAAAUCGUCAAAAAGUAUGACUUUUGACUUUUGGGGAAAACCUACGUACUAAAAAUAGACCAAAUUGGUAGUUUUGGACCUCGCUUUGAAAUAUCGCGUGACUGAUUUUCCAAUACAUUGCCGAAGGCGCUCCAGCGAGGACAUCCCUAUUCUGCGGCCGUGCGGCCAAAUUUGCGGCCAUUUCUGCGGCCAACUGCGGCGCUUUUAUGGUAAGAGUUAAUUAGUAUUCAUGAUAAGAUCUUAACAACCUGCUGUUUAAAUCACUGCGGGAGAAGACAACACUUAAUUGUCUUUUAGCUUUUCGAUAAUAGUGUUGUGUAAAAUUAUUUCUAAUCUAAUUGUAAAAAAUAUAUUUGGUUUUUACUGAUCAAUAUGAUUUUUAACUAUUACAGUUGUGAUUGGUUAUUUGUGUUAAUGAUUAUUCAUAAAUUAUAUUGACUAAGAUAUUUGGUGGUGUCAUAAUUGAAUUGUUUUGUUAAUUGUCUUGGAUGCAUGUGCCUUUGUGCUCUCGUGUCAUGACAGUUAGUAAGUGACACGUUUUCCGAUAUACACAAAUAUUGCUAAUUAUGUCCAAAUUCUAAUUAACCGCAAUUGUGACAUGUGUAUCCACAAAUGUAAAUGAAAUAACCACACAUCACUUUGACACUGGUUCCAUAACUAUAUAAGACAAAAAUUCAGCAAGGUCUGUCUGUACUGCAGAUAAGCUGUCUUCAGGUGAUGCUUUCUUGUACAAUAAUUCGCAUUCUAAAGUGUAUAAAGGAAUACGCAAUUAUCACUGGAUUAUAAUAUUUCUAAAGAUUUUAUGGCAAAUUGACAAUCGUUCUACCUUUUUCAAUUUCUGUCUAAAACACUGUUUCACAGAAUUACAAAACGCUUCGAUUUUCAAAAUAAAAUAAAAAAGAAAGAAUAGCCGUUCAUUUAAAUUCUUUUUUAGUCAAAAAAACCCCAAAACUAUUGAUAGUUAGUUAAAAUGGCAGUGAUCAUUGGACACAGCCAAACAAAGUACUUUGCUAAUUACAUAUCUGACAUUGAUGCAUUGUGUUUAAGUUUCAGUGGUUGUCGCGUUGAAGAUUUGAUACAAUAUGACGGCGUUCCAGAGGCAAUUGCCAAUACUUCGGUUGUGUGUAUUGUGUGUGGUAUAAAUAACAUCUACUUUAAGAAGACCAGAGAUGAAGAUGACCAGAUAAUUGGACGUUUUGAAAAACUCUACGACGACAUCAAGAAGCUAAAUCCGGAGUGUAAGGUUGUAUUUUCUGAAGUGCUUCCGGUAUCCGAAAGCGACAGCAGAUACCAUCCGUCUCGUGAUGAUGUGGAAGAAACAAAUAGGCUGGCUAAAGUUGUGAACUCGGCACUGUCCUGCGUUGCUGCUGUUUACCCGGACGUCACUUACGUCAGCCAUCCGACGUUCACAAAUAGUCAUCUGGCAAAGGACGGUUUACAUCUGAGCUAUGAAGGCACUAAGUUAGUAGGAAAAAACAUUGAAACUGAAAUUAAGUUAGUCAGGGAAAAUUUACGGACACAUAAUACUUGUUUAACUUACAGUCAAGCAGUCACACAAAACAAUAAAAUUUGUGAAUAUCCGCGUAAAUCUAGUGAUGAAAACAAAACGAUGAAGGAGAUCAGACGCAAAAUUUCUCGCGAGAAACCGGAUCAAAACAGAACUGUAUUCAUAGGAAAACGCGCCAAUGCAGAACAGCCAACUAAAAAAGUGGAAGUAAUACAAAACGAACUGAAAACUGAACCCGUAUUGCGCAAAAAUGGGAAGAAAAUGGCAAAGAACAUCCAAUUUAAUAUUCCGUCCGCGUCAAACAGAUUUGAGAUUUUAGAAAUAGAAUCGUGUGAAUUACUUACGUCAAAAAACGACGAAGAGUAUUCAGAUACAACGCACGAGGAAAAGCGAAAAAUCAAAGGGAAGUAUAACAAAUUACCUGCGAGUGAUGAUUUCGUUCAGUAUGGUGGUGGCCAUCCAGAAGUUUUUAUGAACAUAGCAAAAACUCUGAAAAAUAAUGUUGCUAUUGAUAUUCUUAACAGUGCCAAGAGCGGCGAGGUCAGCGAGAAGAUAUCCACUGAUGUGCCCAUGAAACCAAAAGGGGGCGAAAUUUACUUAAUUGACACGAAUGAACUUCCAAAUAAAAAGGACGCUUUAUUUGAUAGGUAUUUUUGGAGACACGACGGAAGUAAACAUUAUCCAAGAAAUACAAAUGAACCAAAAUUGGUUAAAUCAAUCUACAAGAUAAGGGACAAAUCAAAUGAUAAAGGUUUUUCAACAACGUUUCAAAGAUAUACGUUUAAAUUGACGGAAUGUGACAGAUUCGUUUUAGUUCAAUACAUUGGUGAUGAAACUAGCGUAAAACCUACAACACACGGAAACAGUAAAACUUCAAAAGAGUUCGUACCUACUAAGCCGUCUGUAAUCGAAGAAAUAAAAGAAAAUGCAGACAACUUUUCUAAAACUGCAAGUAUUAUUAACCGUGAGUCAAGAAACAAGGCAACUUGUGGUUUGGAUUUCGGAUUAAACACAACGCGAAACGUGAAACAAGUUGAAAAUCAUCUUUUAAAAGCACGGAGAGAUAAACGGUUGACGCAAGACGAUAUUUACAAUUUGUUAGAAAUUUCUUAUCAUCUUGAAACUUAUGUGCAUCAAAUUGAUAUAUUUCCUUCUUUAAUUACCAUUGUAGGUUUACCCGAAACAAUGAACGAAUUUAAUGAACUUUUGAUAAAUGACUCUGGUACGACUCUCAAGUGCUAUAUAGACACAACGUAUAAGCUUGGAGAACUGUUUGUGACCGUAUUUUCAUACCAGCACAUUAUUUUUGAAAGUACACCAGUAAUACCUGUCGGUUUUAUGCUUCAUGAGAAACGUGACCAGAAAUACCAUGAACGAUUUUUAUCCAUUUUGAAGCAAAAUAUACCAAAUUUAGGAACUUCAAAACAUCCAAUCAUCUGCGAUCGUGAAUUGGGAAUAACUAACGCUAUAAAAACUAUCUUUCCUUCAGUACAGAUGAUACAUUGCUGGAAUCAUUUAAAACAAGACGUUAAAAGGUGGUUACAAAAUAGAAAAGCUUCUAAAGACGAUUUACAAGUUUACAUCACGCACAUUGAUACAUUGUUAAGGUGUCCUAGUCUUGAAUCAUUCAACGACAAAUUAGAUGUUAUGAAAAAACUUUGGUCGCAAGAAUUUCUGCGGUACUUCGAUAAACACUUGAAAACAGCAAUUACCGAUCAUAGUAUGCGCAAAAUUUUAGAUAACUUCAAUAUUUAUAAUCAUUACUCUGGAAUUACAACAAAUCCUGCAGAAAGUAUUAAUAAUGUUUUGAAAUCUGUUCAACAGAGGCGCGAGUUACCCGUAGAUAUGAUUGUACUUACUUUAUUUUCCGUCCAAAAAUAUGACUUCACAGAAAUUCAGUGUAGCAGAGCAGGUGUAGGAAAAUAUUCAUUGAAGAAUGAAUGGGAUUUCGCUAAAAUUGAGGUCGAGGAUAUCCAAAUACUAAACUCAUGUGGGAGUCCCGAAGAAAUUCUUCAAAACGUUAAAGAUGAACUAGACUCAAUUAAAAAGUACACUGAAAAAUGCAAUUCACAGACUUAUACUCCAGAAAAAGAACAAACGGACAUUAAUAUUCAAAGCGAGAACGUCACUGAGACUUUGUGUGAUUCUAAAAGCAACAAUUUAAUUGAUAAAAACAUCGAAUCUGACGAGAUUUCUAAUAUACACAGUGAUCUUAAUGGAACGUUAAUACUUGACAAAGAAGAAGACGAAAGAAAAGGAAAGGAACACUUAAUUUCUCAGGAAUAUUUAGCUUCAAAAACUAUUAAAGAAAAUAAAAUAUUUUUUGUGCCGAGCAUGAAUGCAUUCAUGGUAGAAGGCGUGAAAUCUUCUAAAUAUGUUGUUACUCUAGACCCAAAAGAAUCUUGUAGUUGUCCGUCGGUUGGAACGUGUUACCAUCUUAUGGCCGUUAAAUCUUCUUUAAAUAUGGCGCUUGGAAAGCCUGAAAAGCCAGUAAGAAAAAAUUUAUCACUUCUAAGAAAAAACAGCAAACCCCGUGUUGCGAAAAAGACUGGUCAGAAAAAACCUAGAAAAACAGAUUUUGACAUAAAUCCAGCACCCGACUCUAUUUUAGCAACUACUCCGAAAAGAAAUGAAACAAUUUUAACAAAAACUCCCAGAAGUGACUCGAAAGUAAUUUUAAUGACACCCAAAAGUGAUAACAAGAAGUCAGUUUUAAAACGCAGACUAUCAAUGAGUGUGCCGACUAGCAAGUCUAAAAAGAGAAUAACGUUCGACGACGAAGAAGAAAAUGUUGUUUCUAUGGACACAACAAGAAAUGAUGAAAUUGAAGAAAAACCGGAAUACUGGAAAGAAAUUUAUAAUUUAGAUAUUGAUGACAAAAAUUUAAUUUUGAACGAUUCCGGAUGGUUAAAUGACAAACAUAUGUCCGCAGUUUCUGAAAUUUUACAACACCAAUUUCCAGAUGUAAAAGGACUCCAAUCUACUUUAAAUAUUGCUCACUAUAAUGAAAAAUUAACACAGUGGAAUAUUUCUAAAAAGAUGAAGAAUAUCGAAGGGCCUUCCAUCCAGAUUCAUUUUAAUGGGUAUCAUCAUUGGAUUGCUUCAUAUCGAGAUAAUGAUAAUGCCAUCCAUGUUUUAGACAGUUUGAAAUCAAACAGGACAUUAAAUUCUUAUAUUAAUAUACAGCUGUGCCAAAUCUAUGGAGAUUCCAAUCUCAAACAUAUUGAUGUUAAUGUACCUCAUAUUCAACAACAAACUAAUUCUUCUGAUUGUGGUAUAUUUGCCAUUGCUUUUCUGGUAGAACUAUGUUUUAACAAUUACAUAAUUGAUACAAAUUUAAGGUUUAAAAUACCAGAAAUGAGACAACACCUGAUCGAAUGUAUAGAAAAUGGUUAUUUUCAGCCUUUUCCCAAAGUUUCUAAAAUGCCGAAAAUGCCAAAACCGGAAACAAAAAGUACUAAAAUCACUUUAUAUUGUUCAUGCAAACACCCUGCAUGUCUAGACGAUGUUGUUAAAUGUAGCAAUAAGAAAUGUACCAUUCAGUGGUUUCAUAAACGUUGUGUAGUUGGUUUUUUACAUGAAAACUGGGUUUGUAAAAAUUGCAGAUAAUCAUUAAUUUUUAUUGAAUGACAUGCCAUAUUGCUGACAUAUAUGUAUGAUAGUUUUAUCUUAGUUGUAAACUGCAGCGUUACAUCGUAGCUAUGACGUUCUAUAAGAUAUCAUUAUGAUACUCUCGAAUUGUCAAAUUAAAUGAAACCAUGUUAAUAGUAAAUAUUCUAAUUCAUCCCAAGUUUUGUGUUAUGAAAUGUGCCUUUAUAUAUUUGUCUAAUUUUGUUGUUAUAACGUUAUUAUGUUUGUAUGUAUAUAAUCUUUGUGAUAAAAUGAAACAAUCUGUUAUCAUUUAUAAUUGUCUUCCUCAAAUAA